GACGGGGCGGGGCGCGCCGGCGGCAACGUGCGAAGGCGGAGAGGCGCCGGGUUAAAUGCAAUUAUAGAAAAUUUGGUAAGGCAAUUGAGUAUCUCUACAUCACAAUGGGGUCCACAGUGGAAAACAGUACGUAUGUAAACAAAAUAUGGGUUCAGUGUGAGAAUGAAAAUUGUUUGAAAUGGAGGUUGUUGUCAAGUGAGAAUGCAGCCAGUGUGGAUCACAAUGAGCCAUGGUACUGCUUUAUGAACUCUGAUUCAAGAUAUAAUAAAUGCUCCAUUUCUGAAGAAGACUUUCCUGAAGAGUCUGAGCUUUAUGAAAGUGGAUUUAAGAUUGUCUAUUCACAACUACCUGCUGGAAGUUUGGUUUUAGUAAAAUUACAGAAUUGGCCAAGUUGGCCAGGGAUACUUUGUCCUGAUCCUUUUAAAAAGAAAUACAUAACGUAUGACUCCGAUGGAAAUGUUGAACAGUAUCACAUAGAAUUCCUGGGUGACCCCCAUUCACGAUCAUGGAUAAGUGCAGCAUUCGUUGAGCCUUAUAACACCACCUUAAAGCCAGAAAAAUGUACAAAUAAAAAGAAAUGGUACAAGAGUGCUCUACAGGAAGCAUACCUACUAUAUGGAUAUUCUCAUGAAAAAAGACUGGAAGAGUGCCACCUAUCAAAACAGAAUAAAUCCAAAGCAGAUACCAAAGCUGCUGUGGUAGCCAAGAAAAGGAUGCAAGUUUCCAAAAAUAUGAUUGAAAAGAAAAAGCCUAACAUUAGGAAAAGGAAAAGGAAAGGUCUUUUAAAAUGCUCUUUUGAAAUUGUUUGCUCAGAGGAUGCAUUAUCAAAGGAAAAUAUGGUUGUCUCUGAGACAGAAGGUUUGCUGAAAGAGCUGGAACAAAUGCUACAGCAAGCACAAGAGCCUGCAGCAGCACCUGGAGAGUCAGAACAAGAACAAGGGGAAGAAAUAAAUUCAGGAGAAAAGUUACUGAAAUGCAGCCCUGAAGCUUCUGCAGGCACUUCAUUUCAAAACUACCAUGAAGAGGACUAUCUUGUCAUUGAUGGGAUAAAAUUAAAAACUGGGGAAUGCAUUGAGAAUAUAACUAACAACUUUAAAGAAAUAGAUGCUUUGAUGUCUGAAUUUUAG